UAUUGUGAUAUGGAAGAAAGCGAAGAUGUGCCAAAAGAUUUUAUCAAGCUCAAGUCUGAAAAGCUCUCUGUAGAUGAAGUGUCAGAGCUGGUUGUUUCACCAUACUGUGGGGCAGUGUCUCUGUUCAUUGGUACUACAAGAAAUAAUUUUGAAGGAAAAAAAGUGAUUCACUUAGAAUAUGAAGCGUAUACUUCAAUGGCAGAGACGGAAAUAAAGAAAAUCUGCAGAGAUGUUAGACAGAAGUGGCCUUCAGUCAAACAUAUUGCAGUGCACCAUAGACUUGGUGUGGUUCCAAUAACUGAAGCAAGUGUAAUUAUUGCAGUCUCCUCUCCGCACAGAGCAGAAUCCCUUGAAGCUGUAAUGUACUGCAUCAAUACCUUAAAAGCAUCUGUUCCGAUAUGGAAAAAGGAGAUUUAUGAGGAUGAAUAUUCUUGGAAAGAAAACAAGGAAUGCUUUUGGGCAAAUUCAGAAAAAUAAUUGUACUCUUUUGAAAAUAAAGACUUACUCUUCCUAAUGAA